CAGUUUCCAAAUGUUGGCAAGUAUGCUGAAAGGGGCACAAGCCAAAUAUACAAGAAGGUCCAUCUGGUUUUACAAGUAUUUAGUUUCAGAGAGAAAAGGGGGAGGGGAGGAAACAGGGGGAAGGUUUACGGCUGUGCAGGCCAGUCACAGCUGCAACAGAAAGUCUAACCUCAGUGCUGACUAGCAGGUUUAAAAAAAAAACAAAAAAAACUUUGCCUCAAGUCUGUUUGAGUAGGUCACAAACCAGAUUGGUCUUGUGUUCUCGGACUGUGAAAGUAAAGUCUUUUCUCGUGGCAACCAGCACCACCCUGGCUACCAACAACCACCUCUGGAGACAAACAUUUUCCAGGCAAGCUUGCGUUAAAAGGCUGAAGAGAAAGCUUGGAGAGAGGGGGAGGCAGGCUGACCCUUGAACACAGCCUCUUCCUGAAAUCCCCGUCCACACAAAUGCAGGAAGUUCAGAGAAACAAGACCACAUUGAUGACUUUCCUGUACAAUCAACGCAGCUGCUGUUGCUCCAACCACGACAGCACUUGAAGGCUGCCAACAAGAAGAAAAUAGUUGUGGGUCCUUGCUAAAAGGCAGGGUGAAGAUGGGGGCCCCUUGUCUGGUGCACAGCGUUCAAGAUUUAAUGCGUUGAAAACACUUGGAGCGCCUGUGCCCCAUGAUGAUAAAAACAUCUGCACUCGCUUUGGAAAGCGGACUCCCUCCUCCAGGGACAGUCCCAGAAGACUAUGACCAGGGUGGCCAGGCCUGUGAACCUUCAUCUCCCAGGAAUCAGCUUCUCAUGCCUGGAAUCAGCAUCCUGGAGAAACUCAUCAAGACCUGCCCCGUGUGGCUUCAGCUGGGCAUCAGUCCUGAGAGAGCCUCCGAGAUCUUGCAGCGAGAGGCAGCCGGGAUUUUUCUGGUGAAGAAAAAUUUGAAUCUCAAGAAAAUGGUUCUUUCUGUUCAUUUCCCAGACCAGAGUGGAGCGCCACAAAUCCAAGAUAUUCUCAUCAAAGAAGAAAAGACAUUGCUUUAUCUGGAAGGUUCUGUCCUUGUGUUCGAUGACAUUUUUAAACUAGUUGCUUUCUACUGUGUGAGCAGAGAUGUGCUGCCGUUUACGCUAAGCUUACCCCAAGUAAUAAAAGAGGCAACCAAAUAUGAACAUCUUGAGACUGUAUCAAGCCUUGGAUCAGAUUUCUGGGGUUCUUCUCUCAACCGAAGAGUUGAUGUUAUCAAGGGCUGUACCCUCGGCAGCAGCAACAGUAGCCCUCAAGCUGGCCAACAUUUCUCUAAUGACGCAAGUCAGUGCUCAUGUGAGAUUGAGCUGUCCAUAGGAAAUGACAGGCUGUGGUAUGUAAAUCCUAUUUUUAUCGAAGAGUAUUGCAACAGCCUGCCUUCAACUGCGCCUAUUACAAGAAGUCUGACUACUCCAAAUUCAAUGCAGCCCAGAUACAAGAGACCUCCUCCCAUACCUCCCAGACCUCGGACAGCAGAAGAGCUGUUUCCUAGCAUAAGAGAAGCUAAGGACCCAACUUCUACAGUUCCUAGCCCACAAAGAGAAGAGAUGAAAAUUGGGCAGAAUGAAGAAAGAAGCAACAGCGUGACACAAAUGGCUGAGAAUAUGGAAAGUAGCGUGGUAGAAAUCAAGCCCCAAAAGAAUUUUCGGAUGCCUCCAGUUCCUCCAAGAAGGCGAUUGUCUGAAAAGUUUUCUGAAGAUGCUGCUGUCAAAGAGGAAAUUACCCUAUUGGUGGAGAAUCAAGGAGAUCCAGUACCUGUUGCUACUUUGAUCAGUAUUGAAGACCUGCAAGAGACUGUGGAAAACAUCCCUUCUCCCAAAGGAGAGGAACUGCCUAAGUCAAGCCCAGUUAAGGAGCAACCUGCUGUUGCACAACCUGAAAGUGUUCCUCAAAACAUUCAGGCAGUCCAGCAGACAUCUAUGAAAACACCCCCAAUUCCCCCGCCAAGGAGGAAGAAACAAAUGACGGUCAAUGCAAAAGGACUGAAUUCAGAGACAUCAAACUCAACAGCAACGAAAGACCCGCCACAAAAUGAACCAAACAUCUCUCCUAAAAGCUCAAGCACCCCUGGUCUGAUGCGCAGGUCCUUGAAUUUGGUCGAACUCAAGGUUUCAGACACCUCCCUCUACUCACCAGAAGGAAACCCACCAGCCCCUUCUUUGGACCAUGACUCUUAUUCCACGAGCAGCACGGAAGACGAUUUUGAGCAAAGACCUGCGUGUCCCGUGAAGAGACACCCCACCAUCAUGCUAGACAAGGCCAAGCAGCGGCUCUCCAUGGUCAACCUUCCCAACAUGUUCACCAUCUUCCUGUCAUCUGACCGCAAGAUCCAGAAGAAGAUCACAGAGCUGGCGCAGGAUAAGGACUCCUACUUUGGGAACCUGGUGCGGGAUUACAAAGCCUUCACCCUGGAGACUAUGAAGAAACACUCCUCCAGUACUGAGAUGCUGCAGGAGAUCCGGCAGAUGAUGACACAGCUGAAGUGUUAUUUAAUACAGAGCACAGAACUGCAGGGACUGGAGGAGACUGCUGGUUAUUCUGACGACAGAUUAGAAGCUGUCAUUGAGGCUGCAUUGUGCAAAAGCGUCCUGAAACCACUAAAGGACUCCAUUUACACAGGCUUGAAGGAAAUCCAUACGAAUGACUCAUCUCUCAAGAGUCUCAAGGAGAACCAGCAAGUCGUUCUCAACACCACCACUACAGACCUGGGGGUGACCACCAGCGUGCCGGAGACCCCCGUCAUGGAGAAGAUCCAGCACAAGUUUACAUCCAUGCACCAGGCCUACUCCCCAGAGAAGAAGAUAGCUACCCUGCUGAAGACAUGCAAGAUUAUCUACGAGUCCAUGUCCAUAGGAUGCCCAGGGAAGCCGCAUGGUGCUGAUGAUUUCCUGCCGGUGCUGAUGUACGUCCUGGUCCGCAGUAACCUGCCCGCUCUGCUGCUGGAUGUGGAGUAUAUGAUGGAGCUAAUGGACCCCACGCUGCAGCUCGGAGAAGGCUCUUACUAUUUAACCACCACCUACGGUGCCCUGGAGCACAUUAAGAAUUACGGCAAGCUGGCACUCACUCGGCAGCUCAGCCUGGAGAUCCAGGACUCCAUUCACCGCUGGGAGCGCCGCAGAACUCUAAACAAGGCCCGAGUCUCCAGGUCGUCAGUGCAGGAUUUUAUCAACGUCUCGUUCAAUGAAGCAGGGUCCAACACAAAGACUCUGGGGGCACGGCCGGACACCACGGCUCAGGACCUGUGUCGACAGUGUGCAGAGAAAUUCGAGGUUCUGGAGCCUGAGAGGUAUGGGCUCUGUGUGCUGGUGGAGGGGAUAUACCAACAACUGGGUCCACAGGAGCUCCCUCUCACAGUCAAGGCCACGUUCCACCACAGCGAGCCCAAGAAAGAGUAUUAUUUUGUAUACAAGCCUGUGAGCUCUGAGGAGGGGAAAGACAUCGAACCACCACUCAAAACUGAGAGCUUGAUUUGAGCACAUUCCGCGAAAGGAAGGGCUACUGUUUUUGGCCUGUGGUUGGUGUGAAAGAAAAGUUCUGGAGAAGUCUGCACCCAAAUUGAUCUUCAGAAUGUCUUCAGAUUGAAAUAAUCUUGUUGCAGGUCUUUUAUGAAGCCAGCCACAAGGUGGAGUUUACUGACUAUCAAUUGAUAGUUGACUUAAUAGACUGCUGAAGUUGUGUUGCUUGGUGAUUUGGCAAAUAACUUUAUAUUUGGUUCACAGUGGGGUGAAAGGCAUAUCUUUCAGCUGAUGUUUACAUUUAUUUACAAUGGAUAUUAUAUUUUGUCCAGGUAGGUCUUAUAAACAGUACACAUUUACUCAAUGUUGUCUUGGUUCUCCUUUUGUGGACAUUUUAAAAUCUCUUUUGAAAGAUAUUCCUUUUAAACUAAUAUUAAAGCCAAUUUUCAAGCACAGUGCUACAGAAAAAUAAAAUCUUAGGAUUUUAAAAUGUUAACUGUUGGACCUCAAAGCAGCUCAUAUGCAUAGCCUCUUUAAUCUUUUUGUACUACCAUUUUUGUAUAAUUGUAUAUCUGCAGGUAUAUGUUCCGUCUUUUGGAUAAGACGUAAAACUGAGGUCCUAUUGUAAGUGACUGCAGCACAGUUGUUGAUGCAUAGUUCAUCCCCUCGUCUCUGUAAGUCGCUUUGUCACAGUCCUGGAAGGCCAUUCCACUCCAGGUUUAAUAGGUAACCAGGUAUGGAAGGGCAAACUUUGGCCACCCCUGAUAUAGAUAUCAUCUUCUAUUUUAAGCCAGAUGUAUUUGCAUUUAGUGGUAGGCCUGCAGCUUUACAAUAUGAGCUGUUACACUUUCACUUUGUGUUUAACAUGAUGGGAAUCCAAAGUUGUGAAGAAUUACAGCUUUACCAUUGAAUGUAUUGUUGCCAUGGACCAUUUUUUAAAAAUUUUGACAAUUAAGUUGUUUAUAUACUUUUAAUCAAAUCUAUAUUGUAUUAUCUUAUUGGAAAUGUAUUUUGUAAAAAUAAAUGAAAGGAACAUUAUUACUUUUCAAGUUAA